GCCGUAAAGGCUAUUGUAAUUUGUUCGCUUCGACGCUUUGCACUUGGAAACGGAAUCACGCACGCUAAAACGCUUAACGCCAUUGGCUCUAAAUUGUUGUAAGUAAUUUUGUGACAAUUUUAAAUUCUUAACCUAUCCGAUCAUUCCAACCAUAAUCGUAUCUGGCUUCCCGCCAUAGUUCACUUCACAUAGUUGUCUGUUAUAAGUGUAUUAUUGUUUACUUUUCUUGCUAACUACAAGUGUCAUCUUUCUACCGUUAGUACCGUAUUUUUGGUUCCGUUUAUCACUGACAUCGCUAAUUCUUUAAAACCGCGAAAACACUGACCGUGGAAAGUAGCCUAGCAGUGACGCCGCGUGUGAACACCUGAAUAGAACUUCAAACCGUUUGUACACGAGUAUCCUAUUGACCAUGGCAGCCGCCAUUGCUGGAGUAUUCCAACCUGAAAUGCAAAAUCUGAUCAAAGAGUCCAAGGUCCUGUUAGUGGGCGCAGGCGGCAUUGGCUGUGAGGUUCUUAAGAACCUCGUGUUGACGGGUUUUAGCGAACUGGAGAUCAUCGAUCUGGACACUAUCGAGGUGAGCAACUUAAACCGUCAGUUCCUGUUCAACAAAGAGUCUGUGGGCAAAGCCAAGUCACAUGUCGCCAAAACUAGCGUAUUAAAAUUCAAUCCCAAUGUAAAUAUUACGUCGCACUUAGGUGACAUUAUGGACACUAAGUAUGGUGUAGCGUUCUUUAAUAAAUUCAAAUUGGUCAUAAAUGCUUUGGACAACAAGAAGGCUCGUAGCCAUGUGAAUCGUAUGUGCCUAUCAUGUGACAUCCCUCUCAUUGAAUCUGGUACAAUGGGUUAUAGUGGUCAAGUGGAGUUCAUUAAAAAAGGAGUAAGUUUGUGUUACGAAUGUCUUCCAAAAUCUGAACCCAAGUCGUAUCCAAUGUGUACAAUCAGAAACACUCCUAAAGAACCUAUCCAUUGUAUCGUAUGGGCCAAGUUCUUAUUUGGACAAUUAUUUGGAGAAUCCGAUGAAGACGUGUCCGUCGAACAGACUGUGUAUGACGGCACUGAAACAAAAGUGUCUGCCCGUCAAUGGGCUGAGAUUAUUGAAUAUGAUCCAAAAAAAUUACUCGAGAAAAUUUUUUAUGAUGACAUCAAAUACUUGUUGUCUAUGGAAAGUAUGUAUACUGGAAAAAAAGUAAAGCCAGUACUUUUGGAACCAUCAUUCUUUGAAACUGAAGUUGUCGAGUACCGCCAUGUAUUAGACAGCGAAGUGUUAACCCUGGAACAAUGUAAGUCAAUGUUUUUGGCUUGUAUAGUAUCGAUUAAACAAAAAUUAGAUAUAUGCCAAAAUAAAUGUUUAGUCUGGGAUAAAGAUGAUGAUGAUUUCAUGAACUUUGUUGUAUCAAGUAGCAAUAUUCGUUCGGCAAUUUUUAACAUACCUUUGAAAAGUCACUUUGAUAUUAAGUCAUUGGCAGGAAAUAUUAUUCCUGCAAUUGCCACAGCAAACGCUAUAAUUGCUGGGCAGAUUGUAAUUCAUGCUUUGAGAAUUUUAAGUGGAAAAUAUGAACGAUGUCAAAGUGUAUUUUUAAGAGAAUUGCCCAACCACAAAGGUCAAAUUCUUGUCAAAGACAAAUUUCUCCAAAAACCAAAUCCAAAAUGCAUGGUGUGUUCUACUGAUGGAGAAAUUGUAUUAUCUAUUGAUGUAAACAAGAUAACGGUGAAGCAAUUUGAAGAGUUGAUAUUAAAAAAAAAAUUAAACAUGGUAGCACCUGAUGUUUUGGUAGAUGGUAGAAUGAUAAUUUCCAGCGAUGAGGAUGAUGAGCUUGAUUUAUAUGAAAAAACAUUAGCAGAGGCGGGUGUGAAUCAUGGAUCCAGAUUUAGUGUUGAUGAUUACUUUCAAAACUAUAGUAUCAAAAUCAUGUUGCAACAUAAAGAAAAAGCCCAGGAAGAAGACCCAGAUUUUGAAAUUUUUGGCAAUUUAGAAGAACUGAAUACAGCAGAAAAGAACAAUGAAGCUGAGCCUGAGGAAAAUGAUGAAGAUUGUUUAAUUGAGAAGGAUGAAAGUUGUGUAGAAAGAGUAGAUGAUGAUUUGUCAAUUAGCGAUGAACAAGCACAUGAUAUGGUUACCGAUAAAAAACAAGAAGAUGAUUCAGUAAUUAAGGAGGAUAUGAUGGAUAGUGAUCCAGAAGUUAUAAAAGUGGAUCAAGAAAUCAGUAAUGAAGAGAUAUUGGCAAUGAAAAGAAAAGCUGAUGAAGCAAGUGAAGAUAUUAACGAAGCUAAGAAAAGCCGUGUCGACUAAAAUGCUAUUCUCAAUUACUAUAACAGUAAAUUUGAACUUAAUACAGCUUAAUAAUAUUUAAAUUCAUAAACACAAAAGAACAAUGCUGAUAAACCUAUUUUGAUGUUCCUUUUUAGUAAUAUUGUUGUAAUUUUCAUAUUCUUAUAAUCAGACUACACUAUUAUUAACUAUAUCAAAAUUUGUAUUUACGUCAUUGUAUUACUUACUAAUUAUUAUUUUUUUUGAUUUUCAAUUUAUAAAGCAAAAAUUAAUUCAUAUUAUAAACUUCAUUUUUUAUUUAUAUAUGUUUAGGUUUUAUAUUUUACAUGUGAGAUUUUACUUGUACUUUUUGAAAUGAAAUUAAAACCAACUUCCUUGCUAAAUUGCUUAAGUUAUUUUCAAGUACUGACUGCACUUUCUAUUUACAAAUUUAAUUUUUUUAAUGUUAUUCAACUAUUAAUGGCUAUAAGUUCAACUAAUGCUAUAACUUUGUACAAUUAUUAAACUUUACAACAUACAAAUAUAAUAUAUAAUUAUUACUAAUUGAAUUUUUGUAGAUGUAUUCAUUUACUUGGUGUUCUGCAUAAAUAAUAAUUGUCUACUUACAACAUUAUAGUAUUUCGUAAAUAUGACAUUUCUAAAGCACGAAACAUGAUGUUUUUAUGUUUUAAUGUAAUCAGUAUCAGCAUUUUAUUAUGUUGUAUUACAAGUUGGUUUCCUUCACCUAAGACAUUAAUUUUAAAAGUAUAUAAUGUAUAUUUAUCAGUCAAUCAUCAACGAUGUAUCAUUGCUGGAUAUUUAAUUGUCAUCAUAUUUAUGUUUAGUCAAUAACUUUAAACCAAUGUAGUUAUAAGUUAUUAGAUUUUAAAUUCUUAGUUUUGAUCUUAGACCUGACUAUUAAAAACAAUACAUUUAAGUUUGACUUUAAUCAUAAAGUAGUUACGUCAGUAACUUUUGACUGAAUAAAUUAAAUAAGUUAUUUUGUGAUGUAUUAUUUUUAUAUUUAUUAGAUUUGAUUAUGAACCAGUUUAAUAUAAAUUUGUUGUAAUUAUGUAAUAAUUUUAUUGAAGUCUGUUAAGUUAAAAUACAAGGAAACUGCAGUAUGCUCAAAAAAACUAUGUUGACAGCUACAGACUGCUAAGUAAAUAAUGUGGAGAAUUUGUAUAACAAAACAGACAAGAAUAUUUUAAGAAUAAAAUUGAUGACUCAAAUUUAAAAAUCAAUUAUAAAUUAAACUAUAUUGUACUCUAUAGCAUAUAUAUAAAACAUUUUGUUUUUUUUUUUUACAUUUUCUAGGCUAUUUAAAAUAUAAGUAACUGUUAAUUAUAAAUAAUUAUCAAACUCAAUUGAUUAAAAUUUAGUUAUACAUAAUUUUUUGUUAUUCCAAGUACAUUACAUUUCUUGGCGAGGAGCCAAAAAUGUUUAAUUUUGUAAGUUAUUAUGCUGUGUACUUAUAAAUUAUAAUACAGAUACCUUCCCUAA